CAGUCAUUAGUCGUUUACCAUUCGACGCGAACGAACACUAAUUCUAGUCUUCUCCCAACCAAUCGAAGUCUUUUUUUUUUCUUUAACAAAUUCCUAGAAUAAAAUACAACGUUGAUUUUGUGGAAGUACCGAUUUUAUUUUUAACGUUAUUAUUUUACAGAAUUUGGUGUUAAUAGCUUGAUUGUAUUUUCACACAAAGUUUAUUCUUGCAAUUGAAUAAUAAAUUUAAUUGAAAGUAUCUAAUACUUUGAAUAAACAUUCAACUAACCGGAACAUACAUAUACAGAAAGAUUUACGUGCAGAUAAAAUUGAUCUUCGAUAAAAAAAAAAUAAACGAUUUACAACAUUUGCACUUUUGAUUUGUGUGUGAGCGGCUAAAACUUGUUAGCCUUCAACAAAAAAAAAACCGUUUGAACGAAAACAGUCACCGAUUUAAAAAGAGUAGUAAAAGUGUUGUUUUUUUCCAUAAGCGGCUUUUUCGUUCGAUUCAAACAAAAGAAUUACAAAUUCUGUGAGUGAAUAAUACGCAUAUCGAGUGUUCCUUUUUUGCUGAGACGUACAAUGCAUAUCGCUAAAGUCGUAAAUAUCUUCGUUGGUUUUUGUUUAAUUGCAACAUGCUGGGCCAAUAAUAAUUUACACACCAAAUACAAAUGGAGAGUGAUCGAUUUCAAGUAUGAAACGGCUGAAAAGCGACAACAGGCCAUCGAAAGCGGCGCAUUUAUUCAGACAAAUGUGAUUCCCGUUGGCAUGGACGUGCAUGAAAAUCGUCUUUUUGUAUCGUUUCCUCGCCUAAAAUCCGGUGUACCGGCAUCGUUGGCUGUAAUCAACCUAGAUGAACCAGCAGAAAAUGAUGCCCCACUAUUAAAACCGUAUCCAAGUUGGCAAUCACAUCAAACAACGAAUCCGAAUGACGUCUUGGAUAUUGUGUCUCCAUUUCAUAUAAAAGUCGAUCGUUGCAAUCAUCUUUGGAUCAUCGACACUGGCAUUGAUGACAUGUUGAAUGCAACUAAAAUGAAACGUGUGGCCCCGGCUCGUGUUACAGUUAUUAACCUUCGUGAUGAUAAUAUUCUUCAAAGAUAUGAAUUGCCACAUACAACUCUGGAUGGUUCGAUAUUUUCUAACAUUGUUGUUGAUGAUAACGAUUGUGAUAAUAUAUUUGCUUAUAUUGCUGAUGCUGCAACGCCGCCCACUUUAACGGUAUACUCAUUUAAAGAGAAGGCCUCUUGGCAGGUGAAACACAAUUUCUUCCAUUUUGAUCCAUUGGCCGGAAACUUUUCCUUAUUGGGCACUAAAUUUCAAACAAAUGAUGGUUUAUAUGGAUUGGCAUUGACUGAACAAAAAGAAAAUGGUUAUCCUGAUUUAUUCUUUCAUGCAUUAACAUCACGCAAUGAAUUCAAUGUAUCAACAAAAAUUUUGCGCGACAAAAACAUUUUUGAAAAUGAUAAACUUAAAACGGAACACUACAAAGACUUCAAAAUCAUUGGAUCACGAAAAACCAAUGAACAGGCAGGCGCAGCUGUGUACGAUCCAAAGGAGAAAGUCAUCUUUUAUACUUUACCAAAUAAUAAUGAGAUCGCAUGCUGGCGCACAACUAAAAAUUAUAGUGUUUCCAAUGUAUUUACCAGUCCGGUUGAAAUGGUGUAUCCCAUUUCGGUAACAAUCGAUACGAAUCACCAACUUUGGAUUUUAUCAAAUAAUAUGCAAGAUUUCAUUUACGCAAAAUUAGAUGUGCACAAGAUUAAUUUCUAUAUUCAUAUGACGUCCGUAUCAGAAGCAAUUAAAAAUACACCAUGCGAAUUGAAUUUCGUUGAAAAGGUUUUCAACAAAUUCAGCGACAACGGUUCAAAUGGAACCAAACCAAUUGCCAUUUUGACACUCAUUGCAUCGGUUUUGGUAUUAUUCAAACAGAUAUUUUAAGUAAAAUAUCAAUCACCAUGUCAACAAAUACAUUCAAUGUAUCCCAAAAUAUAUAAAAAUAAAUUAUGCGCAUUUGAUCAGGCAUCUC